UCUCUCUCCCAGUGUCGCUUAAACAACAGUCCUAACUUUUGUGUGUUGCAAAUAUAAAAGGCAAGCCAUGUGACAGAGGGACAGAAGAACAAAAGCAUUUGGAAGUAACAGGACCUCUUUCUAGCUCUCAGAAAAGUCUGAGAAGAAAGGAGCCCUCCUUUCUCCCAAGCUGUGCAGCAGAUACUUCCAAGAUGGGUUGCAAGUGCAAAGAAUAAGACACAACUGCGGCCUCCAAAGGACCAUGACAACCAGAAAGCUUCAGCCAGAUCCUGCUCGUUCCCUGAGAGGAUCUGGAGCCUAGGUUAAAGCAUUUCCGAUAAUUUGUCCUCUGCCUCCCUCUACUGUUCGUCAGGAGAACAACAAUGAGAAACCAUGUACUAGCUGCAUCUUUCUCUAUGCUCUCCCUGCUGGCAAUAAUGGGAGAUACAGACAGCAAAACGGACAGCUCAUUCAUGGUGGACUCAGAUCCUCGACGCUGCAUGAGGCACCACUAUGUGGAUUCUAUCAGUCACCCAUUGUACAAGUGUAGCUCAAAGAUGGUGCUCUUGGCCAGAUGUGAGGGGCACUGCAGCCAGGCAUCCCGCUCCGAGCCCCUGGUGUCCUUCAGCACGGUUCUCAAGCAACCUUUUCGUUCCUCCUGUCACUGCUGCCGGCCACAGACCUCCAAGCUGAAGGCCCUGCGACUGCGCUGCUCUGGGGGCAUGCGACUCACUGCCACCUACCGAUACAUCCUGUCCUGUCACUGUGAGGAAUGCAGCUCCUGAUGCCUGCCGCUGAGGGGCUAUCGGAUGGGACAGCUGCAGAUGCAGUUCAACAAAGCAGGAAAGAACUGGCGAGCAAAGAGUUAAUGAAAACAAAACAAAAUAAAAAAAGAUACAGUAAUUCCCACAGGAUUCUGCAUAUUCCAGUCAUAAAAACUCCACACGCUUCUUGACCAAGAGAGCUACUCUGGGAACUUAUUUUGAGUUCCCAUCUCUUUUUCCUGGUACAAUUUCUUUCGGUCCCUCUCAGAUUCAGUUAUUCCCACCCCCCCUCUUGGCUCGGAACACUGUUUGGGUUUCCAGCCAUUGUGCAUUAGUGGGAAAAAGCAGGCCCCCGAGCAAGAGUGUGUCAGGCUGUCACAGUUUGGUGUAUAUUAGGGAGGAAUUUGCUUUGGCAAGCAGAAAAUCUCAAAUCUUUCUGGAACAUCUUUUUUUUUUUUUUUUUUUUUUUUGUCAUUUUGGCCUAAGGUAUGCUAUUGCCUCUAAAGGUUACCAAUUUCCAACUACAGACCCCAAGCAUAUGGCUGUGUUUAGCCAGGUUUACUCACAGACAACAAACUGACAUUAAAAUAACUAACAAAUGAUUCUCUUAGAUGAAGCUGGAACUCUUGGCAGUUGUAACUAUUAUUCAGAAAUGACUUUUGGGAAACAAAGAUGGCAUAAAGAAUGUUUCACCUGGAAGCUCAUGCAAAUAAAUUAUAGUAGAAUUUUGUAAGGGUGCAGACUUUUAAAUACUUACACACAUACAGAUCUUGCCCUGACUUUAGAAAAGGCAUAUGUGUCCUAGAGGCAUGGAGAAUGCACCAUACUCCUGCAUGCAAAUUAGACAACCAAGUAUGAAUUUAUUUGUGGGUGUGCUAUAGCUUUAGCCAUGUCUUUGGCAUCACUCUCUAACAUCCACUUGUCCGUGUGAAGCUUGUGCCAAAAUGGCAGCCUGGCUCAUCUUCUGAACAUUUGGUUCAAAUACAUUGUGGUCUUUGAGGCUCAAAUUUUGAGUUAUUCCCAUGUUUUGAAAUAAAAGAGAGUAUCUU